AUGUCCAGCUUUUGGGGCCGCUACCCAGCCACAAUGCAGAACCAGUCGCCGCAGCAGGGUGGUUCUUUCCGAGUAGCCACGGGUACGACAGCAGCGGCAUUUCCUGGUUCCUUUGACACCUCCCCAGAUACCUCGGCGCGGUCGUUGACGCUCGCCGAGACAGCCGAGUUGGCGGCGCUUCAGCGGCAGCAUGAUCAGCCGUUUGUAGUACCGGUGACACAGGUCUUGCACAAGCUCGGUGGCGUCCACAUCACCGUUCGUGAGACGCACAAUCCCACGAUCACCACCGCCUACAAUCGCGUGGUGGAAGAAAUCGAGGCUCUCGUGUCGCAGCACGAGCAGCGGCUAGCUCAGCUCAACUCUUCCAGUUCGCCAUCGUUCUCCAGUCAGGCGCUGAUAGCGGGGCAGAGCGCGUCGGCCAACGCGACGGUGCUCAGCAACCCCAUGGACGGCGCUGGCGCUGUGGAAGCCUUGCGGGGGGAGAACACAGCCUAUCGGCUAGCACCUAGCGGCAACACAGCGGGCGUGCCGGCGCCACCACCACUACCGCGGGCUCUCUUGCAGCCAGUCGAUCUGCGGCACGCACUGCCUUUGUCGGGCUCACCCAUGUCCCCGUCUCAGUCGGUCUCGGCCAUGGGCAGCCCCACGUCGGACGCCCCAGCCGCAACGUGGAGCCGCGGCGGGGGUGGAUGCAACGGCGACAGUGGGGAUGCGUUGACACCGGGUCUCGAUGAAAUCGGUCUGAUGCUCUCGGUGCGUUUGCUGUCGAAAGAGGUGACGCGGUGGCGCAUGGCCCACGAGCGGCCGCUGGCGGAAUGGCGCUUCCCCAUUAUCCGCACUUCAAAUGAGCGUAUGAUUCGACCGCGCACGCAGAGUUCGGCGCUGGUGGGUACUGCAGGCAGUGCUGCCGCGGAUGGCACUGAGUCCAAUCGCCGCGACAACCGCAGAGAGAGUGGGGCGCGGAGCUUCGCUUCAGAGUUGACUCUCGUAAACGACCCUGAGCAAGUACACCAAGUACUGGACUUCAUCUUGAAGUCGAGCUACCAGACAACGAGCAUGGAGACGUUCACAGACUUCACCUCCGGCGAGUUGGUGUUUGACGCGCAUGUACAGGAGAAGCACCGCUUCACACAGUGA